AUGGGCAAGGAUAAGGUCGAGAAGAAGGACCGCGCUGAGAAGAAGGAGAAGCGUGCGGAGAAGGACGGUGUGCACAAGGUCAAGAAGGAGAAGAAAGAGAAGAAGGAUAAGACUGCUCUUGUCGAUGCAGUAGAGCAGGAGAUUGUCUCUGAGGCCAUGGAGGGUCUCGAGCAGACCGGCGCUGUCGCUGUCAAGGGCGAGGGUGAGGUCGACGCCGUUGUCGACCGCCCCGUCGGCGCCCUCGUGCCGUUCGCCAACCCAUUGGUUGAGGACAAGCAGGCCAAGAAGGUCCUGAAGAGCGUCAAGAAAGCUGCCGUCAACAAGUCCCUGAAGCGUGGUGUCAAGGAGGUCGUCAAGGCUCUCCGCAAGUCUCCCAUCCCCGCCGCCAACGCUGCCAUCGGUGUCCCCAGCGGUGUUGUCGUUCUCGCUGCCGAUAUCUCCCCCAUGGACGUUAUCUCCCACAUUCCCGUCCUGUGCGAGGACCACGGCAUUCCCUACGUCUUUGUCACCUCCCGUGCUGAGCUCGGUGCUUCCGCUGCCACCAAGCGCCCUACCAGUGUGGUCAUGGUUACCCCCAAGGCUGCCAAGGGCAAGAAGGAGGAUGAUGAGGAGUUCACCAAGGUGUUCGAGGAGCUUGCUGGCUUGACCCAGAAGGAGCUCAAGAAGCUGACAGUCUAA